AAAUAGGUUAUAAACAUUACGAAAAACUAAACAAUAUUUAUUAUAAAUAAAAACUAAAUUAUUUAAAAAUGGAUGUGGUUAAGUUUAUUGGAAAGUACCUUAAUAUACCUGUUGGGCCAUUGUGCUACAAUACUGACAAAGUAUUAACUACUGUCCUAGAUAAAGAAAAUGUAGAAGGCUUUGCUAGUAUAUUAUUGAGAUUAGCAGAAAAGAGUGGUGUCACUAUGAGCCUAGAGGAAAAACUUUUAAGUUAUCAAUGGCUUGAACAUUUAGCUGUUUACAUUAAUCAAGCUGUUACAAAUCCUACUUUUGCUAAGAACUUUUUACAGGGUAUUAAUAGUACGCUCAGGAAUAGUUCAUAUUUAACUGGAAACUACCUGACCAUAACAGAUAUUGCAGCAUACCAUGCACUAUAUCCAUUGGUUGAACGUCUCACAAUUUCAGAGCAAGAAUCAUUGUUACAUGUUUGUAGGUGGUCAAAACAUAUCCAGUCUAAACCAAAAGCUAGAGGCAGUAGAUCUCCAAUACAAUUUAAUACAUUGGUACUAACAGUUCUGGCCCCUGCAGUACACUAAACAAUGUAAUAAAUUUAAUUUAUUACUAAAUUUUCUUAUUAAAUUUCUUAAUGACAUUUUUAAUUACAUUUGUAAUUACAGAACUGAAAUCCAUUGUAAUAACAAAAAUAAAAUUUGUUAAAUAC